AUGGAAAAGAAUUCAGGUAAAAGAAAGGCAAAGGAGGACAUGGAUUUUCAAGGUUAUUGCUUGAGGGGUAACCCUAAGAAAUCUUGGAAAUCUUUAGGCUUUGCUGAUGAUGGUACUACUAGUUCAAUGGUGAAGUUUCAGUGCAAAGCAUGUGGUAAAGAAUUUGAGUCAAUGAAAGCUUUGUUUGGUCAUAUGAGGCACCAUUCUAGAAGAGAAAGGAAAGGUGUUAACUGUCAAGAAUGUGGCAGAAAGUUUCAGUCUUUGAAGGCUUUUACUGGUCAUAUGAAGUUACACCCUGUAAAGCUUAGGGUCUUAGGCGAAUCGGGCUCUGGUAGUUUAAGGCAAGACCUGGCCUUGGAGAGCAUAACAGUGAGGAGAAAGAGAUCAAAUAGAAUGAGGUACAAUAAUGCUCCAAAUUCUUCACUUUCUAGCUUGAAUGAAACUUAUAGUGCAGUUGAAAUUGAUCAAGAACUGGAAGAUGCUGCUUUAUGUUUGGUAAUGCUGUCUAGGGGUGUAAGGAAUUGGAGUGAAUUCAAUUCUUUUUGGGAGUCUUGUGAUAAUAAUUCUGAUUAUUCUGAGAUUAAAUCUUUGAACCAAAAUAAAGAAAUUAUGCUGAAUCCUUUUUGUGAUGGCGAUGAGUCUUUCCAGAUGAAGAAACCAAGAGUGGAUAAUUCUGAUUCUGAUGUUCUUGCGUCCAUGAAUGUUUUCUGUGAGAAGAACAUAAGUGAAUGUAAAGAAUUGGAUUCAGGGAUUAUGAGUGCUGAUAAGGAAAAAAAGGUUGGAUCAGAAGCCCCCAGUGAUAUGCUUUGUAGUGGUGUUGAAUCCAGGGUGUCUAAGGUGGAUGAUGAAUCUGGAUUUCAACUGUAUGAUACUGAAAUUGAGGAAAGAAUUUCUGGUGAAAUGAUGACCUUCAGGUCUAUUGAAGUAGAACCUGGGCAGGAUUUGAUGGAAGGAUGGGAUUUAGCUGGUUUGGGAUCCACAAAAUCUAGUUCUUGCAAAGAUGCAAUGUUUGUUGCUUGUGAUGCAGAUCCAGGGGGAGAUUCUUUGAACAAGUUUGUAAGUACUCCAAUGAAUUCGGAGAUGUCUGAUGAUUCCCAGAAAAAGAACAAAUACAAGUGCAGGAUCUGCAGCAAGACUUUCAGAUCUCAUCAGGCCCUUGGAGGUCACCAAACAAUCCACAGAAAGAGUAAUAGCUGUACCGUAGAGGAGAUUGAGAACUGUGAGAAAAUUACUCAGAGUAGCCGUUCUCCUGAAUUUGAGGCUAGUCUCAAGCUUGUGAAGAUUGAGAAUGUUGACAAUUCAGUGGUGCAGGAAAUGAAUGGGGCGACAAGUUACGGAACAAGGGUGUAUAAGGUGCACAAGUGCCGAAUCUGCUUAAAGGUUUUUGGGUCAGGGCAAGCUUUGGGUGGUCACAAGAGGUCUCACAGCUUGAAAGACUCAGAAACUAGUGAAAAACAGCCUGCAAAGCAGCCACAAUAUUCUGAUAUCUCUGAUGUUAUUGACCUUAAUCUCCCAGUUAUGCACAAUGAAGAGGCUAAAGGAGACACUGGAUUCAAGUCAUGUGGUGUUGGAAAUGACUGCAAGAGUGAGGCUCUAUUGAGCCUAGUUGCUAACUGAUGAAAGGUGAUGCCAAAUAUUUCAUUUUUCAUUUCCCGAAGUGUACAGUACAUCGGUGGCUUUUCUUCCAGUUUUCAAUGGUAAUUCAUAUUGGAGACAGGACCUUACUGCAUAUAGCUUAAAACUGUCAAUAACUCACUUCUGGCGUACUUCUUUCAAUUGACACUUGGUAUGGCAAAGUUCAUUGGUGCUUUUCUUCGGAGUUCGAUACUGUAAUGUGAUUUUUUUCCUCCCUUUUGACUCAUAGUUUUCGUAGACAUCGAUCAGUAGGAGCUGGU